GAUCAAGAGAAUACAACAAUUUCUGCUCUUAGGCCAAAUGAAAAAUUGUUGGUGAAUGGAAAAGACUUCAAUAACGAUCAACCAGUAAAGAUAUCAAGAAUUGAGCUGGUCGAAAAUAAAUUGAAUGCAAGCCUACCUCCAGAGCCUAGGUCUACCUCACAACAGUUGCAACACAACAGUUUACAAUCAAAUCCAAGGGAAAAAGAAAAUCAUGAAUGCGCUCAGUCAUCAAUUGUUACUGCAGACUACAUUCAACAAACAAUUCAAAAUGCUCUGCGACAAGGGAAUUUGAAUCCGGAAAUAGAAGAAAAACUUUUGAAUUUACAACGAUGCCAUGAAAAGCAAAUGAAAGCUACAUCGAUUGUAUUGGCAAACAAUCAUCAUGAAUAUACCUCACAUAUGAGGUCACCCUCAUAUCGCAAACAUCCUCUAAAUCGGCAGAUGGAAGAUGAUGAAGAUUGGAUUAUGGAAACACCGAAGCGGAGGCCACCGCGAACCUUAUCCGAAAAAAAAAUCACGCAAAAUUCAUCUGUAUGUGAAAGUGACGUAAAUCGAAUUAUUCGAUCUGUGGCUGAGGAGGCAAGCAGUUCUGAGGUGAUAAAAUCGCCAGUCUUCAGUGAUAAACAAAGCACAACUAGGCCAACAGAAUGUGCAGUCGUAACUGAGACAAUGAAAGGAAACACAAAUGACGCUAAUGUUAUUAGCCAAACUAACGAAAUUGGCCAAACUAAACGUUCAGUAACUAUAAAAAGGGAUAAUGAGAAGAAAAAACAAAUGCAGAUGAAAUUAUAUCGCCAGAAAGAGCAACUGAAGAAAGAUAUUUUGAAGAAACGCAUCGUACUCGAAAAAGAAUUGCAAAAUGAAAUUCAAAAAGAGCUUGCGAGUGAGCUUGCUAGUCAGAAAAAGGAAGUAUUAAAUGAAUCACACAAGCCAGACAAAGCAAAUAAUAUAUCUGAUAAUGUUGUGAAUUUUUCCAAAAAGCGUGUCAGCAUUGCAUCAUCGAAAAAAUCAGCUUCUGAGGAGACGCAAAAUGUUCAAACGAAGAAUAUAACGAACGAAAUGCCACGGAAGCCUAUAGGACACAAUUCAUCAAAACAAAAACGACGAUCGCAAAAGUUUUCAAGUUUGACUAAGAAAAAGAAAAAGCUAUAUUGUAUUUGUCGCACACCUUAUGAUGAUUCCAAGUAAGUUUCAUUCAACACGGAAAGAGGAAUGAAAUAAUCAAAUUUUAAAAAA